UAUCAUUCAUGGUUGUUUCCUUUUUAUUUACAAAAUGUUUUUAAAUAGAGUAACCAACUUUAUAUUGCUUGAAUAUAUUUCAAAUAUAAAUAAUCAUAAUAAUAUUCGACAUUUGGCGAAAUGGACAACUCGUAGACCUCUUAAAGUAAUUCCAAGUGAUGAAUAUGAUGAAGAAGAAGACGUUCAUAUUAAAAGAACCGCACCGGUAGAUUCAGGAAAGGAAUAUAAUCAAAAUACUUACAAAAACGAGAAAGUAAAUGUACCUUUUUAUGUUAAACCCCUUACUAUAUCCAAACAGAAACAAACUCCAAAAGUAACAAUGGACAUGUUAGAAACGACUAUAGACGAAAAAGGAAAUUUUAUAUACACCAAAAUGCAAAAUAAUGAUUCAAGAAUAACUACAGUACUUACUGAAAUUAAAUCUAAGAAUGAUCGAGAUAAAAAAGACCUUAUUUUGCUAGAAGGAAAGCGACUGAUUAAGGAUGCUCUGGAUGCUCAUUGCAAACUUGAAUAUAUAUUAUUUAGUAGGCUUAAGGAAGUAGAAUAUUUAAGACAAUCAAUACCCAAGAUAGGAGCCAAAUUGUACAAAAUGCCAUAUAGAGAAAUCCAAAUGUGGUCGAAUUUAACAACUAGUCCAGGAAUAAUGGGUAUUUUUAAAACUCCUAAUAUAGAAGCAUACCAACCCCCUAAAGAUGCCAUACCUUUAACGAUUAUAUGUGACAAUAUUAGAGAAGCUGACAACUUGGGUGCUGUGUUGAGGACUUGCAGUGGUGUUGGCUGCAAAGAAAUUCUGCUGACCCAAGGUUGCGUGAACGUUUGGGACUCGAAAGUACUUCGCAGUGCAUGCGGAGCACAUUUUAAACUAAGAAUUCAAAGAAAAUUUGAGUGGGACACUUUUAAUGAUCUCAUUCCUCCUGAUAGUAAUAUUUUUAUAGCUGACAACAAUGUAGUCUCUUUAAAUUCUACUGAUGAUAACAGUGAAAACAACUUGUCAUUAAGUAAUUUAAUUAAUUCAGUUCCUCUUGUUCCUUACUAUUCAUUUAAUUUUAGUCCUGGUAGACAUAAUGUAUUGAUUGUGGGAGGUGAGACGGAAGGUAUUAGUGAGGAGUCGUAUAAAUUAGUUUCUGAAAUGAAUGGUACUAGGUUAAAUAUACCUCUAGGUAACAAUAUAGAUAGUUUGAAUGUUGGUACUGCUUUAGGCAUAAUUGUUUUUGAAAUAAAAAGACAAUUUUUACUUUCAAAAGGUACAUAAAGAAAAGAUAUUUUGUAAAAGUUUAACUCGAUGCCAUUUUCACAAAGUAUAUCAAAAAUCUUUAUUUUAACAUAAACUGUGGAUCAAGUUAUAUGAUAUAGACACUAUGUUUUGUUGCUGCCAUAAGAUCUUGAAUAUACAAUGGUAUAUUAUUCUUUAUAAGGUAAAUACUGCAAUAAGUAUUAAUGGUGCUACUUUAUUUAAGAAUAAUGCGGAAAAUACUUAUCCAUUUAAUUUAAUAUAAUUAAUGAAUUGGCUUAUUGUAUGAAUGG